UCUCAGGUUUCGAGAGAGAGCGAGAGAGAGAGAGAGAGCGUGAGAGAGAGAAAGUAACCUCAGUACUUCACAACACCUGUUAAGACUCCAGCGAUACAGACACAAUUUGUGAUUUUUACCACAAAGCCCUCUCCUCUCAUGAGACUUGUCACAUCAUGAGAUGCUACCUAUUUCUACUGAUAUACCUUGUGUGCUGCUGGUUUGGGCAAUCAGAUGCACAAAGAAAUGACACAUGCACGGCGAAAGAAACCUGCAGCAAGAAAUGGGAUCCAACCUCAAACUUCCUCCACUGUGUGGGGUUAUCAGGGGGGGACACUGGCAGGGACCACAUGAGGAGGCUGAAAGGCGUGCUUGAAGCAACAAUGGACGUGUACACCUUCAUGAAGUCCAGCAUGACAGGAGUGCCAUUUCUGACCUUGCAAGGGGACCUGGAAAUGCACCGUGAAGCUGACCCCCUCCAGAAUGAAGCCCUGGUACAGAUGUGGCUGGAUGUCAAGAUUGUACCAUUGCUUAAAUCCAUCACCAAACAAUUCCUGUCCUGUCUCAGCACCAAGAACUUCAGCUGCACCACCUACCAGACUGUGGUGAGGGAGCUCAGUCACUAUUAUUCUGAGAUGGAGCCCAACAGACAAAACUGGAUCUAUACAUUCUUUAUGUACCCAUUUCUGUCUGGAGACAGAGUUUCUGGUUGUGUGAGCCCACAUGAGGACAAUGAGGAAUGGCUAAUAAAAAACUUUGGUGCCUUCAGAGCCAUGGCUAGAUUAAAGGACUUAUCAAAACUCAACUUGAUUUUCAGUGGAUUGGAGGUUCUUCACCUGUUGUCUCCAGCACAGAAGGCCGAGCUGCUGCUGAGUCCUGAGGUCGAAAGUUGGGACAACAGCACCUUAACAUUGGUCUUCAACAGUUUGCUGACAGGAGGCUCUGGCCCUCAUUCCACCCCAAGGCCUGAUGGUGGCGACAACUCUACAACCCCUGGGUUUCUAUCCACCUACCCUAAGGCUCCACAGCCAACCAUGACACAGGUCCUAAAUGGGUUCAUGAUGGCAUUAAGACCCGUUGGGAGCUUUGUUCAUGAAUUUGUGUCCUUUACACAUGAGAGAAACGUGUCAGAAAUUAAAAGUACCACUCUGACUCAGUUUGUGCUCAACUGGACUCUGUCAGAGCUGGCAGACAUGUACCGGCCACGGAACGGGUCUGUUGUUCCAGAGAGGCUAAAGAUUGACUUUGAUGUGAACAAUGUGGAGGACUGGUACAAGAAGGUCGUGAUACCACUGUUACAGAGCUUUUUGCCGAGCAAUGACUCCCUGAUGCAUCAAAACAUCAAGCUUGCCUUCCACCAAGUAUUCUAUCUGGAACAUGGUAUGAUGGACAAUGAAACCACUGAACUUGUGGAUGUUUGUAGCAUUUCCCUUAAUAAGGGUGCUUGUGGGCUGACUAAUGUGGUGGAAAACGUGGCGAACAUCAUGCACUGUGCCGCUCGAACCAACCUGACAAUAACCGACGUAACGAUCAUGAGACUGAUCGACGAGCUGACAAAACAACUGAACUCACUCAUUAGGGAAUUAUCCAAAGCUAACUUCAGAGAGCUGGCAUCUGACUUCCAGCAGAUCUUUAGUGAGGUGGACCCUCCCUCUCUGACCCAGGAGCACCUACGUGACCCGGACUUCAUCAAACUCUGGUUCAAGGUCAAAAUGAUGCCCCUCCUGCCGGACAUUCCGCCAGCCCUUCUCUCCUGCCUCAGCACCAAGAACUUUUCCUGUCCUGUUUACCAAACCAUUGUUGCAGGUCUCAGCAAACACAUGAGUAUGAUGGAUGCAGAUCCCAUGUACAGUCAUAACAUCUAUAAGCAUUUCCUCCUUUCCUUUAUGAUGCAUCAGAACACAUCGGAACCCCGGUGUGUCUCUGCAGUCAAUAACAGUGCAGAGUGGCUGAGUAAAAACUUUGGCUUCUUCUCAAGAUUUGCUGUUGUCACCGACUUUUACGAGCUGAACGCAAACUUCUCUGGACUGGAGGUCCUUCACCUCCUUUCCCCAAAACAGUUGGCAGAGAUGAUGGUGUUGCCUCUUCCUACUCCUCCAGAAAAACAUGUUGUCAUCAACAAUGUGUUUGACUUUCUGGAGGCAAACCCUGAACAGCUUCCAGAGGUCCUACACUACUUGGGUCAACUUGCCAAGGAGGUCGAUCCACCCUGUGGUGUCUACAUACACAUUUUGGAGCAACUGUACGCUGUGAUACCAUAUCUGCCCCUUGACAUGGAGCCGGUCAUCUGGGCUGGCAUAGAUGUUCUGAUGGACAUUGCACCACAGGAAUGUUUGCCGAAGAACCUGACGUGUCCAGCAACCGCCUUCAAUGCCUCAUUCAUCUGCAAAGGAAUCGACAGCUCUGAACUCGAGUCUCACUUGAAUACGUGGCACUCUAUGGCUGUCCCCUGUAAUUUUACCCUAGAAACAUAUGCAUGUGCACAGCUGGAAAACUUCACAGCCCAUCAGCUGGUGUCUCUCCUGAAAUGUAACCUGCCUGGAAACAGCAGCCACUCUAAAAUGGUUUGGAAGAUGGUGCUCACUAAACUGUCCUUCAUCUUGGACCCAGCUCUGGACAUCAUAGCUAACACAUCAAUGACCAUGGUGGUUCCAUCAGCGUCGGUGGUUUUGGAUGUAAUUGGGGAGAUGAGAGUGUCACUGCUGACUGAUGAGCAGCUGAUGAACAGCAGUGAGAUCAGCACAUGGUUUUCUGGUCGUCUCAGUGCGUUCCUGCCAUUUGCGUCAGAAAGAUUUCUGCAAUGUUUGAUCCAAAAGAAUCUCAGCUGUCAGUCGUACCAGCAAAUCGUCGCAGGUCUCAGCGAACACAUGAGUAUGAUGGAUGCAGAUCCCAUGUACAGUCAUAACAUCUACAAGCAUUUCAUCCUUUCCUAUCUGAUGCAUCAGAACACAUUGGAACCCCAGUGUCUCUCUGCAGUCAAUAACAGUGCAGAGUGGCUGAGUAAAAACUUUGGCUUCUUCUCAAGAUUUGCUGUUGUCACUGACUUGUACGAGCUGAACCCAAACUUCUCUGGACUGGAGGUUCUUCGCCUCCUUUCUCCAAAACAGUUGGCAGAGAUGAUGGUGUUGCCUCUUCCUACUCCUCCAGAAAAACAUGUUGUCAUCAACAGUGUGUUUGACUUUCUGGAGGCAAACCCUGAACAGCUUCCAGAGGUCCUACACUACCUGGUUCCACUUGCCAAGGAGGUCGAUCCACCCUGUGGUGUCUACAUACACAUUUUUAAGCAACUGUACGCUGUGAUACCAUCUGUGCACAAUGACAUGGAGCCGCACGUCUGGGCUGGCAUAGAUGAUCUGAUGAACAUUGCACCAGAGGAAUGUGUGCCGAAGAACCUGACGUGUCCAGCAACCGCCUUCAAUGCCUCAUUCAUCUGCAAAGGAAUCGACAGCUCUGAACUCGAGUCUCACUUGAAUACUUGGUACUCUAUGGCUGUCCCCUGUAAUUUUACCCUAGAAACAUAUGCAUGUGCACAGCUGGAAAACUUCACAGCCCAUCAGCUGGUGUCUCUCCUGAAAUGUAACCUGCCUGGAAACAGCAGCCACUCUAAAAUGGUUUGGAAGAUGGUGCUCACUAAACUGUCCUUCAUCUUGGACCCAGCUCUGGACAUCAUAGCUAACACAUCAAUGACCAUGGUGGGUCCAUCAGCAUCAGAGGUUUUGGAUAUACUUGGAGAGAUGAGAGUGUCACUGCUGACUGAUGAGCAGCUGAUGAACAGCAGUGAGAUCAGCACAUGGUUUUCUGGUCGUCUCAGUGCGUUCCUGCCGUCUGCAUCAGGACAGUUUCUGCAAUGUUUGAUCCAAAAGAAUCUCAGCUGUCAGUCGUACCAGCAAAUACUGCAGGGGUUCAUCCACCACUCUGAGUACAUGUCUGUAAAACAGAAGAACGUGGUCUUGAUGAGUUUCAUCAUCCCCUUCCUGUCACAACCACACUCAGAUCUAGGCUGUGUGAAUGGCUCCAAUUCAAGUGCAGAGUGGCUCAUGAAGAAUCUCGGCCCAUUUUCAAUGUCAUUGUCUGUUGAGGAGCUACUGUAUCUGAACCCACACUUCAACCCUCUGGAGGACUUAGGACUCUUGACUCCAAAACAGAGUGUGGAGCUGCUGGUGUUGAGUCAUCCUAACCUUCCGGAUCAAAACACCAUUGUUGAUAUGGUGUUUAAUCACCUAACUGAGCCUCCUGAGCAAAAGAAGCUUCCCGAAUUUCUGUUCUACCUCACCAUGCUCCUUCCACAGGCAAACCUUUCAUGUUCCGCAUACAAAAUACUGUUUACCAGAAUGGACCUGGCCAUGGUUCAAGUUCCUCUUUCUCUAGCUUCAAAUAUCAGCCACAGCAAGAAUGUCUUAUUCCAGCACAUGCCACCAGGUUGCAUCAUAUACAAAGGAAAUUGCAAUGUCACCAUGACAAAUGAAACAGACAUAUGUGUUGGAGUGAACAGCGCAGCGCUGCAGCUCCACCUCGACAGUUGGAACGUGAGCGGAAAAAUGUGUGACUUUGCGAUCGAGGAGUUUGCUUGUGCCUCACUGUUGGCGUUAACAGCGCAGGAUGUGGCUGCGAUGCUGAUGUGUAACAGGUCGUCCGACUCCAGCGGAUCCAUAGCCGCCUGGAAGCUGCUCCUCUCUAAAACCUCUCAUGUGCUGGAUGGAGCUUUGGAUCUUCUUGCCAGCGAGACUUUGGACCCCAAAAAUCCUGCUCUGCCAAAGAUUCUGGACGCGAUACGCGAAUUACGACUGGACACCUUCAACGUCGUCAGCUUCAAUGAUCCUGUCUUCAUCCAGCAGUGGUUCAACGGACGGCUUCUCCCGUUCCUGCCCGCCGUUUCCGCUGACUUCCUGUCAUGUAUCGCCACAAAGGCAUUGAACUGCAGCACCUACCAACACAUUGUGCAGAUUUUGAGUCACGCCCAGCCACACAUGACCCUCGCCACGCAGAUGUUUGUCUACACACACUUCAUACAUGUUUUCCUGACCAAGAAUUUCACUGCUGACCCCGGCUGCAGUUUCAACACUAACAACUCUGGGGACUGGCUGCAGAAGAACUUCGGAGGUUUUUCUGUCCUUGUUUCCACCCAUGACCUUCAGAUGCUCCACCCCAAAUUCUCAGCGAUGGAGGCGCUGCCAGAGCUGACGGUCAGACAGCUCGCCGAGGUGUCUUCCACACCUGGCCAGCUCACCUCUUCUGCACAGGUUGACAUGUUGAUGAACUAUGUCCCCAGCCAUGAACUCUCCGCCUUCUUUGAUGCAUAUUCACCUGCCAUUAUGGGUAAUGAACACUUGUUCCCCUCUGUGGUGAGAUCAGCCAUGCUUCAAGUUGUGUUUGACAGAGCAAACCUCUCAGAUCCCUCUGUGAGCGACUCCACCGUGAUACUGUGGCUCCACAACCGGCUUCGCCCCCUGCUCUUCGACCUGUCACCCGGCCAUGUUGCACCAUUUUUCAAAAUACUGACGGGAAGGAACUGCAGUCUGGAGCAGCAGGGAGUGGAGGAGCUAAAUUCAACAAUGUCAUCUCUCAGUGGUGAGGCAAAGGAAGAAAUCCACAACGACAUCGUUCAACAGCUCACAGGACCAGUUCCUCUUCGCUGUUAUGGUGACAGCCACAACCAAAGUUUUUAUGGUUUCCUGGAGCACACAUUCAUGGGAUUUCAGUUCCCCAACCUGACUACCUUGCUGUUACUCAUGCCUCACGACCGAAUGCCUCAGUUGGUGAACUCCAUGCCUCCGUCAGAUCUUGGAGCUUUCCUCCGUCGCCCUGAUGUCGUCGAUGACGAUGCUCAGCUCUGCGUUCUCUACAACAACUACAAGCAGACGCCAGCCUUCCUCGAGACUGAGUCUCUCCCAGAGGCCGUGGGGCAGUCCACGCUGCCUUGCGUCUGGCCAAUGGCUCUUGAGAGUUCGGAGAGUUCAGAAGUCAACGCUUGGUUUGACCAAAGUCUCCCUAACUACAUGGGCUUCCUCACAAAAGAUCUGAUCAGCCCCAACGUCACUUACAACUCCAGCUGCCUGGCCUUCCAAAAGCUUGUUUCACUUCUUGGUGUAUACAACUACACUUCUGUGGACUUCAAGAGACCAGAUGUGUUUGACAGCAUCAGGACGUAUCUCACCUCAGCAACGGUGCCAAGGUGUUACAACUCCGCUGACCCAGAGCUAAACUCGACAGCCUGGUUUGCCGAGUACAUCGGCCAGUUCAUGCUUUUCCUCACACUGGAGGAUUUGCAGACAUUUGGAUCAUCUGAGGUGAUCCAGGUGUUCACAGUGAACCCUUUGAAUAUUGCCCUCCUCAACCACUCCACCUUAUCUCUUAACCUCACCAACUACUACACCGAGCUGGUUUAUCUGCAGGACAGCAACUUUAAUCCCUUGUUUCUGCCUCUGGUGUGCCGGUGUGUCGCUCCUGGACCGUCCUUCAGUCAGCUGAAUGAAGAAGAGACUUUGAUAAUGUUGUACAAUCUGACCACAGUCUGUACAGACCUGGAUCCACAGGUUUCUUCAGCACUGGCAGGUAACCUUGGUGACAGCAUAGAUGCCACAGCCAUUACUGCCCUCGGCACAGAAAGCAGCGGUCUGUCCACAGGCCAGAUCCACACAAUAAAGCCCGAUGAUCUAGUUGAUUCUCUGUCCGUUCUCAGCACUGUGAACGGCUGGAACGAAGGUCAGGCCAGGGCCAUUAUUGCUUCUAUCAUGUCCUCUGGAAAAUUUGAGAUCACUGGCUCUUCAUCACUGCUGAAGCUGGGCUCCCUCAUCGUGGGUGUCCCUGCCUCUAUGUUUGGCCGCAUCAAUGGCACGCAGCUUGUCAAUGCAGCUGAAAACCCAACAUUCCUGACGCACUUGAUGUCAACUCCACGAAUCAUCCAGUUGAUUUUUGUUAAGCAGAUCAUAUCAGUGAACAGUAACAGCGAGGCCUUGAUGGUGAACGUCCCAGAUGAAAUGGCCACCGAGAUCCCUCGAACUCAGCUGCUGAGCUUCACCAGUACCAGCGUGAUCAGAAUGGUCAACAAGAAGAAAUGGAAACAUCAGCAGGCUGAGCUGUUCUUCGAUGUCUUAGCUGUGGAGGAUGCGACCACAGAGUUGGGAGGUGCAAACAACUUGUCAUCCUCUGUAUUACAAGGGUUCACCUGUACUGGAGUAAGGACCAUUAAAAAGGUGCAGAUUAAGAAACUGGUCAAAGCCUGUCGGAGGAAAGGCAAGAAGAAGGUCAAACUGACGGAGACACAGCUGACGUGCAUGUACAACUACAUUAAAGGAGAGUCCGACGCCACCAGCUUCGACCAAUAUCCUAGUGAUGUGCUUUUGUACUAUGAUUACUCUCAGGUGCCUCAGAGCAGCUGCAGGUCUUAUUUCGGACAACUAUCAGAUGCAGACUUCUCUGUCUUCUCCAACGACCUCAGCUACAAACGUACUAAUCUGUUAAAUAAUGCCAAGAGCUGCCUGGGUGUAACAGACACCAGCUUGAGUGAGGAUAACAUACGGUUGCUGGGAAACAUGUGCUGCUAUGUGGACCCAUCUUACAUUGAGGAUUCUGACCCGUAUAUCUUGGAAAUCCUCAAGACCUGCUCAGACCUCACUGACUCUCAAGCAUCUUCGGCUCAGACUCUGCUGCUGAGCGGGAAAACUCCAUACGGAGAACCAUCAACGUGGGAUAGACAGACUCUGGAAGACCUGGAUAUGUUACCGCUGUACAUGACGUCAACGUUCUAUGACCAAUUUGACAGGAAAACGAAGCGCGAAUUUUUGAAGUAUUUCCGGAGAUAUCUCAAGAGAAGUGGUGUGGACAGAAGGAAGAGGAGGAAGUUCAGGAGAGCAAUGCGACAAUCGCUUAGAAAGAAGUCAAAGCGAUCUAUUGCCGAUGAGUGCACUGUGGGAAGCAUCACUCAGGUGACAAUCAGCGAUGAGACGUUCCCCUUCGAUUACUUCGAGGUGGCCCAGUUCAACUGCUGCCUCAGCGCCACGACGGUUAAAGACAACUUGGCUGCCAUCGCUGAAAAGGUGGACGAGCAGGAAUACCUCCAGAUUGUACUCAGCAAGCUGCACGAGGCUUACGCUUCCAGCGCUUCCAUCCCAGAAGACCAGGUUCAGGUCUUAGGCCCAGUGUCGCGUGAGGCCGACGUUGCUCAAAUAAACAAAUGGACGAUCACUCAGAUCGAUACUCUCUCCACUUUGAUGGACUCGUCCGACGGGAAAUGGGACCCGAGCAUGGCUAAAGUCAUCAUCUCUAAGUAUCUGAGUGUCGUAGGGAACGAACUCGGCAGCGUAGAGCUCAAUGCCAUCGGAGGAACCAACCUGUGCGCUCUGGACGUGGACGCUUUGAAGAAUAUCUCCCAACAAAGCCUCAAGGAGGCCGACGCCCUUGAUGUGUCCAACUGCACCACAGAGAAAAAAAAGGAGCUGUUUGCCAUCGCCACAGAGGCAUUUUCAGAAACCAGCCGCUCCUCUGUCUCCGUAUCCAGCUACCAGCUCGCAAAAUCUUACCUUGGGGGUGCAAAUUUAAGCUACAUACAAAGUUUGGCAAAAUCCAAUGUCAGCAUGGACAUGGCUACUUUUACCAGCCUGGAUGAGAAUGUUAUACAGGCCCUGACUGUUGAUGAAGUCAAAAAUCUCCUUGGCGCCAACGUGGCUGAGUUGAAGAACUAUGAAAACCAAACACAGGUAGAGUCAUGGAUCAGAGCUCAGUACCAGUCAGAACUGGACACUCUGGGAUUGGGGCUGGUAGGAGGUAGAGCUGACCCCACAACUGUCGCCGUCACCACCACAACAGCAGCAGCACCACCACAGUCAACACAAGCAGGUGCAACUACCCCUGCAUCUGGAAGUGCAACCACAGGUCAUGGCUCUCGCGUCCGUGCAGACGUCGGCGUCUCCCUCCUCGUUCUCUUCGUGCUGUUUGUCAUGUCCCAGCAUGUCGUGGUGUAAAGACAACAGGACUAUUAUCAUGACUGAUGAGGAGUGGGAUUUAUGAUCCAGGUAAUAGUCGAGAUGAAAUGAGCCAAGAACUACUGUCCUUUUUAUUUGUCUCUUAGUAAUAGAAGUAUAGUGGCGGUGAGUGAAUUACCUCACAGCAGAAGUGGUUAAAUUAGUCUACAUUGUUACAUUAUAGUGCAUUAACUUACAAUAAACAAAACAUAUCAUGUGCAAUAACAACAACACAGUACAUUUAAGUUUAUGAUUCUCUUAAGUUUUACCCGCCGAAAAAAAAAAAUUGUAUGUAUCAUUGCCAGACAUGUUUACCUGCUUUACUCAUAUUAUUGUAUAUUUUUCACUUGUUUAACAGACAGAAAUAAAUAAAUGAAGGUGGCAAGUUUUCUGCAGCGUUUUCCAUCGCUGUAAUCCUUUAGAUUCCUCUUUUUGAGACGACACUUUGUGUAGCCUUGAAAAUGAAAAUGAAUGAAUGAAGAAUGAUUAUGGAACUCCUGUUAUAAAUGAAUAAAUAAAGUGUAUAGUCAU